CGGAAGGAAGAACUAACGUAGAAGAAGAAGGCUGUGGGCGGCGGCGGGAAACAUAAAUAGGAGCUUUACUUUAUUUACUUUUAUUCUCCGAGUCCGGACUGUAAAAACUACCCAACAACAUGGUUCAAGAAUUUCAUGUACUGAGAUGUUUUUCCUGUCAAACAUAUCAAGUACAGCAGAUGAAGAAGAGUAAGACAUGGACAUGUAAAGUGUGCGGCGAGAAGCAGUCAGUGAAGAAGCCUCUGGAACCGGAUGAGAACUAUGAAAACGAAGAUGUUUAUGAAAGUCCGGAUCAAAAUCCUAAAUCAGAGCAGGAAGUGACUCACGUCAGCCGCUGGAGUAAAUACACUGAUCAAACAGCUGAGAGUCCAAAUGGACAUGAAGAUGAGGAAGAAGAUGAGAAUGUUUACACAGAAAGACACCGAUUCAGAAGCCAAGGAACCAGGAAAAGGAAGAAAAUCUCCUCUUCAAAGUCUUUUGGUGGCCGUGAUGGUAACUGUGAGGAUGAGGAGUCAUGGACUGGUUGUUCUGGGUUUAAGAGACGGCCGGAUCAGCCACUGCAGCAUGACAGGAGAUUCAAUUCAUCGUGGAGUAAAGGAUCUGCUUCCAAAUAUUCCUCCUAUGGUGGGUCAGGUAAUAUGGAGCCGUGCACUAGCACAAAUCUCCCAUCAUCCCGUCAGGCUGAUUGUUAUCCUACAGCCUGCUCCAGUUCCACAGCGGAGAACUCUGGUGAAAAUAAACAGUGUAACUCUUCACAUAAGCCGCCAGCAGCUGAGGUAACCAAAGGCCUUCUCCUGCACAGCAACAGUCCUUCUGUUUCUUCUCGUCAGAAGUGUGGUGAAUCGAAGAUUGAGAAUAAGGACUCCAAAUGGGACAAAUUCCUCACAGUUGUCCCUAAUCAGCAGGACGAGGAAGAGUAUGACGCUCAAGAUUCCCCUAAUUACAGUGAUAACACAGCAGUGGCUUGUUUCUCAGAAGCACUUACAGACAAGAGUGUGGAUUCUGAAGAGUGCGGAUAUCCACUGGAUGGAAAGAAGGACAGUGGUGCUCUAGGGAGGCAGAAGUCUGUUGGUGAUAUUUGUGUAGAUGGAAAUGUAUCCAGUCCAAACAUCAGUCACCGCUCAAAGCCAGCCGGUUUUGAAAGCGCUGUCUGUAAACAGCCUACACUAUUUAAGAUGCCGUGUUCAAGCCUUUCCAUAAACUCCCUGUUCUUUACCGAUGAAGACUUUGACGACACAUUUUGAGAAUAAGUUGCAUUCUAUUCAAAAAUCUAAGUUUUAUGAUGUUACCAUAUCCUCUUGCAUUGGUAGUUAAACCAUUCUCCACAGUUUUGCACAUUUAAGAAAAUACAAACUUUUUUUUUUUUUGCAUUUUAUUGAGGAUAGAAAGUACAGGAAUUUUAGAAGACCUACAGUGCCAUUAACCUGAUUCCAUCUGUUUAUUCGAACUAACAAUAAAAACACCCAGGUUUCUGCUGAGCCUGCAAACUCUUCUUAUUAGUUAUGUAAAUGCAAACAGAAAAAAA